AUGUUGAUUCUUUUCAGAUAUGGGAAUAAUGACUUAAAACAACCUGAGAUUGUAAUCAUGAAGGCGAAAAACCGCUAUCUCAUACUUUUUUUCACACUUAUUCUCUUUCUCUCCUUUCUGUAUAUUUUGAUGAAGGUUCGAAAAAAAGUGACAAAAAUUCAGCCUUUUCAACACAACACUUUUUUAUCAAUAGAGGAUUUAGAGGAAUUAGAGUCCCGUGUGGACCAGGUGGAAGACAUGAAUCCUACCUUGUGCAGGAUGGAGACAUGCUUCAACUUUACUAGAUGUAGUCAAUCCUUUAAGGUUCGAUUUAUUUUCAAGGAAUCUAGUUUUUACACUGCGGAAGCAGACGAGGCUUGUCUCUUUGUUCUCUCCUUGGACACGCUAGACAGAGAUCCUUUGUCACAGGACUUUAUUCGUAACAUGCAGUUCAGAGUUGAAGCUUUGCCUUACUGGAAUGGAGGAGAAAACCACUUAAUCUUUAAUCUUUACUCUGGCACCUGGCCCCACUAUACUGAGGAUCUAGGAUUUAAUAUUGGAAAGGCUAUCCUGGCGAAAGCUAGUAUUGCUGUAGAGAACUAUAGACCUAGAUUUGAUAUCUCACUUCCACUCUUUCAUAGAACACAUCCUGAAAAAGGUGGGGAGCCUGGUUUUGUGAAAUCAACUAAUUUUCCUGGAGUUCAUAAAUACUUCCUGGCAUUUAAAGGUAAGAGAUACGUGCAUGGUAUAGGGAGUGAGGUGAGGAACUCCUUGUACCACCUGCACAACGGGAAGGACGUGGCCCUGGUCACCACCUGUAAACAUGGGAAAAACUGGAAGGAGAUGCAGGACGACAGAUGUGAGAUGGAUAACGAUGAAUAUGAUAAAUGGGAUUACAAUCAGCUUCUAGCAAACUCAACCUUCUGCCUGGUUCCCAGGGGUAGGAGGUUGGGCUCCUUCAGGUUCCUGGAGACUCUCCAGGCCGGUUGUGUACCUGUCCUCCUAUCCAACAGCUGGCAAUUGCCCUUUGGUGAGGUCAUAGAUUGGACGUUAGCCACAAUAUCUAUUGAUGAACGUCAGCUGCUCCAGGUCCCAGAGAUACUUAGGAUGGUCAGCCAACCACAGAUUUUUAAACUUCGUCAACAGACCCAGAUAGUCUGGGAUCAAUACCUCUCCAGUGUUCGAAGUAUCAUGUUAACAACAUUGGAGAUCAUUAGACAGAGGAUCAAUCUUCAUUCUGCCUCUUCUCUUCAAGUUUGGAAUUCCCGUCCUGGUAUAUUCUUUACUAAGAGGGAGGAGGAUGAAGGAUCGGAUAGAGUCUGUAUGGUUAUUAGUACUGUCAGUGAGACUCCUGUAUCGAGUUCCAGAUCUCCAAUCCUGAGGAUAAUUCAAUCAGCUUCUCAGACAGGGUUCAUCAGAGAAUCCUUAGUCCUUUGGAGCAGUAACUCAACCCCACCCCCUUUGGAGGACUGGUACAGGUUUAGUUCUAGUAAUCCAGGGAAACUAAAUAUUAGAAUAAUUCAAACUAAUGGAACAAAAUUGGACAAAUUUAAGGUAGCAUCCCAAUGUAAGAGUUCUACAGUAUUUGCUGUUGAUGACGAUAUAACUAUUGCCCGCGAAGAAAUAGUAUUUGCCUAUACUGUGUUUAAGGAUUUCGAUGAUCGUUUGGUUGGAUUUACUCCUCGUGUUCACUACUGGGACGGAGAUACACAACGCUGGAAAUAUUCAUCCAGACCUUCCAGUUCAUUCAGUAUAAUCAACACGAACGCGGCAUUAUUUCACAAGAAGUACGCGGAAAUUUUCCAUUCAUAUCUUCCCCGGAAGAUGAUCAAGUUUCUUUCAGAUUUUCCUCAUUGUGAGGAUAUUCUCUUCAAUUUCCUGAUCUCACAAAUCACCAAGAAGGCCCCGGUGAAAGUGACUCAACGAAAACGUUUAUCCUCCAGUAAAAUUGAGGACAGAGGUCGAAUGAUAAGAGAGUUUGAUGAAAAACAGAGUUGUAUGAUGAGAUUUUUCGAAGAUUUUGGUGAGAUGGCUUUGGUUGUUAGUCAGGCACGGUUUGAUCCGGUCCUUUUUAAGGAUAAUGUGUCGAAUUUGAGAAAGAAGUAUAGAAAAAUUGAAACUCUUGACUAGCAGCUCCCUCGUUCAAUUCAUGAGCAUUAAAUAAAGAGCUUCUGGAAACCCUUGGUCGGGGAUUCACUUAUGUUUUAUGUUAAAACAGAUUUUAGCAAAAAAAAGAAAAAUCAAAGUUAUGAUCUCAGCUUUGUAAAGCCUAAAACGUAAAUAGGAAAAAUUUAAAGUUUUUGUAUAUUUAUGUAUACAAUGUAUGUAAUGUGUAACUUAAAGCAUGCAUUGACAACAAUUAACGAUAAUUGAUAUUUAUUCCUUGAGGAGUCUCAAUGAUCACUUUACAUUUAACAGAUAUUAACAAAUGUCUUCCUGUCUGCAUUAAAUAACGAAUCAAAGCUAAUGUAAUUUAAAUUCCAUCUAAAGGAGGACCGCAAACUUUUUGCCAUUCUUUGGUUUCUUUAUUUACUUAUCCAGUUUCAAUUAUUUUCGGACAUAAAUUUUGUUUUUUCCAUUGUAAAAUGACCUUUGUGGAUUCUGAGACAUUUUUUAUUGUUCUCGCAACAGUUUUUUGCACUUGUCUUAACUCCUUAAUUAAAAGUGAAAAAAUUUAAUAGUAAAAGACUGCACUUCAGGUCUGCCUUAGUAAAAAUAUUUCAAAAGGAGGAUCUUCCUUAUACCCUGUUUUUAUUCUGAUUUAGGUCUUUGAUAGAAGGUUUAAAAUUAUUAAUCGAGAUUUUAGGAUUGUGAAUCAAAUUUUUUUAAUAAUUUAAAAAAUCUAACCAAAAAUUACAUAUAUAUUAUAUAUUUGUGUUUAGAAGUCAGGCGUGCAAAUAAACAUUCAGCAAGGGCAAAGAUUUUUCAUAUAGAACGAACACUUUUUUCACCCCNCCCCCCCGCCCUAAACAUUUUCAAGGGGGACCAGAAAAAUGUGUAUUAUACUCAACAAAGAAAAAACUACCUUGCCAAUUCAGGAUAUUUAGGAGGCAAAUAUGUGUGGGCCUUGCCCCUAUUCCCCCCCCACCACCAACUAGUUGCGAGCCUGGUAGAAGUAUAUGCUUUAAAGAAUUAACCUGCAGUAUAAACAAUAUUUAAACUGCCAUUUUCAAUGAUUUUUAUAAUUUUCAUGAAAAACUUCCUGUCUAUGCCAUAAAUAGUGCAUGCAUUAACUAACCCUGUGAUAUUUGAAAUUUGUUAAUUUAUGAAAUAAAUAAAUAAAUUGGAA